AUGUAGGAACGCAGCCAUAAUUGAAUUUCUGCCUUCAUACCUACCUCCAUUUUCUGACGCAAUUUAAGUGGUGGUGAGUUUUGUUAAACCUCGUGUCAUAUAUAUAAAAAAGAAUUAUAUUGAUUCGUCCCUUAAUUGAAGAUUUUAUCGAGCUAAACGUGACAGAAUGAAACCCUUAAUGUUGCAUGGGCACGAACGUGCCAUCACCAAAAUCAAGUAUAACAGGGAAGGAGAUCUGGUAUUCUCUGCCAGUAAAGAUAAGCAACCCAAUGUUUGGUAUUCUUUAAAUGGAGAGCGUCUUGGAACUUUCAAUGGCCAUAAUGGUUCUGUAUGGUGCAUUGAUGUGAACUGGGAUACAACACGGUUGUUAUCUGGAAGUGGUGACAAUUCUUUGAGAGUUUGGGACUGCCAGACUGGCAAGGAGAUUGGGCAGCUGGAUACAAAUAGCUCAGUACGAACAUGUGGCUUCAGUUAUUCAGCAAAUCUUGCUGUAUUCUCCACUGAUAAAGCCUUGGGUCAUCAGUGCGAAAUGUUUAUCAUGGAUAUACGAAAUGUUGACUCUACAUUGUCACAAGAUGAUGCAAUUUCUAGGAUUUCAGUUAAUGGUCCUAGAAUUUCAGCUAUAUUAUGGGGUGCCCUGGAUGAGACAAUCAUUACAGGUCAUGAAGAUGGGGACAUCACUCUCUGGGACGUGAGGACAGGAAAAAAGUUGUCCAAUGUGAAAGGUCACAAGUCACAAAUAAAUGACAUGCAAUUUAACAAAGAUGGUACCAUGUUUGUAACUGCAUCUAAGGAUCACACAGCUAAACUUUUCGAUAGUGACUCUUUAAUGUUGUUAAAGACAUUCAAAACCGAAAGACCUGUGAAUUCGGCUACGAUAUCACCGAUUUUUGAUCAUGUUGUUCUUGGUGGUGGUCAAGACGCCAUGGACGUAACCACGACAUCUGCACGACAGGGUAAAUUUGAUUCGCGAUUCUUCCAUCUUGUAUUCGAAGAAGAAUUCGCACGUUUGAAGGGGCACUUUGGUCCCAUCAAUUCCCUCGCAUUUCAUCCCAACGGACGCAGUUACUCUACGGGCGGAGAAGACGGAUAUAUCCGUAUCAAUAACUUUGAUCAGUCUUAUUUUGAUUUUCACUUUGAAUAUUAAAUUUAUGAAAUAUAUAUUUUCUGGCCAAGCUA